CUAUCGAGGGCAGCCUUUCUGAGGUAAUCUGUUCGCCCAAGCCUAUUCAUUUGCUUCACUAGUCGCCGGUCCAUGUGAUAAUAGUGCAAGCGCACUGUGAAAGUUGGAGAAAAAAAACGGCUGCGCGCUUGGCUGGUCUUACAGAAAAACGUAGGCUCGCCUCGAAAAAAGUGCUGCUUGGGAAAGUUACAUGCAUCAAUUCAAAAGUUUCCUGAAAUUGGUUACUUUUAGCCUACAGACCGACGGGAGCGCGGAGUUUGUGUUCGGGAACGUGCGAGUUUCACCAGGAUUUUCAAACAGGAUAAAUCGCAAGUUAAACAAUCCAUUUGCACCCUAAACACAAAAUUACGUAGACUUCUGUGAAAAGGUGUGAAACCGAGGAAUUGUGGAAUUCUCAGCUGGAAAAGACUAAGGUUGAAGCCGACCUGCAUGGAGUGCCGACAUAAGUGAUUCCAGAAGGCGUUUGGAACAGCCAGGGGCCGAAAUAUUUCCAAGUGAAACAAGUUCAGCAGGUGGAGCCCAGAGGAAUGAGAGUGUGACUCAGCCAGCAGACGGAGGGUGGAGAGGUGACAUGCCUCUUUGACGCUAAUUUGGAAACAAAUGACUCAUUGCCAUGCCUGGCGGGAUGGUGGUUCUCUCCUGUGAGCUGGUCUCAUCCCUGCUCUUCACCCUGUGGGCCAGCAGCCUGGUGUGGGCUGCUGAGCCCUACCCCACUUUCAGCCGCAACGACACCCUCUUCGAGCACCUGGCGCUGCACCCCAACGGCGCGCUGGGCCGCGUGUACGUGGGCGCCCGCGACCGCCUCUUCCAGCUGUCGGGUGACCUGCUCCUGGAGGAGGAGGAGCAGACGGGCCCGGUGAAGGACAGCCGCGACUGCCUGCCGCCCGUCACGGAGCAGAACUGCCCGCAGGCGCGGCCCACCAGCAACCACAACAAGCUGCUGCUAGUGGACCCGUUCAGCCAGCAGCUCAUCAGCUGCGGCAGCGUCAACCAGGGCAUCUGCGAGAAGCGCAGCCUGGACUCGGUGCGCACGCUGCUCUUCGCCGCCGAGCGGCCCGUGGAUACGCAGUACGUGGCCGCCAACGACCCCAACGUCACCACGGUGGGCCUGGUGGUGGCCGGGGGGCCGUCGCGUGCCGGACGGCAGCCCGUUCUGUUCGUGGGCCGUGGCUUCACCAGCAGCCACCCGCCCAUCUCCACGCGCAACCUGGCCACCGAGCCCGUCUUCUCGUACGAGGACACGGCCAAGCUGGCGGUGGCCGGCCGGCUGUCCGAGUAUGACCACCACUUCGUGGCGUCGUUUGCGCACCGCGCCCACGUCUACUUCCUCUUCUACCGGCGCGACCUGAAGUCACAGUCGCGCGAGUACCGCACGUACGCCUCGCGCGUCUGCCUGGACGACUCGGCCUACUACUCCUACGUGGAAGUGCCGCUCAGCUGCCGCUCGGCCGCCGGGAAGAACUACAACCUGCUGCAGGCCAUGCGCGUGGGCCUGCCCAAGGUGCCGGAGCAGGACGGGGGACGUGAGCAUGGCUCUGGCCUGGAGACGGAGGUCCUGCUGGGGGUGUUCUCCACGCGCUCCACCUCCUCCAGCCGGCCCAGCGAGGACUCGGCCCUGUGCAUGUUCUCCCUGGAGGAGCUGGACCGCCGGAUCAACGCCACACGUGACCACUGCUACACACAGCACGGCCGUGGCGAGAACGGUGCCGAGGCCGCCUAUAUCGAGUACGAAGUCAAGUCCAACUGUGCUAAUCUACCCUCGAACACCCUUGAUGCUUACCCUUGCGGCUCAGACCACACCCCCAGUCCGAUGGCUAGCCGGGUGCCCGUGGAAGCUGAACCCAUAUUGGACAGCCGGUCCGUCCGUCUCACAGCCGUGGCUGUCAGUGUGAGGGCAGGACACACUAUCGCCUUCUUGGGAGACUCCAAGGGCAACCUGCACAAGGUCUUCCUGGGCCCAAACGGUGAGGUGGAGGAGUACGCAGUCAUCACCAUUCAGCCUAACGUUCCCAUCAGCAACGAGCUUAUCCUGGACCAGUCAGAGGAGCACCUCUACAUCAUGACUCACACCAUGUUGGAGAAGAGGCCUGUAGCAGAGUGCCAUCAGCACAUAGACUGCCAUUCCUGUCUGUCUGCCCACGAUCCUUACUGCGGCUGGUGUGUGCUGGAAGGAAGGUGUGGCCAGCGAGUGGAGUGUGCGCGCGGGGGACAAGAUGGCCAGUGGUUGUGGAGCUUUGACAUGGAGCAGCAGUGCCUGAGUGUCCAAACCCUUCAGCCCUCCAACAUGAGCCACGAAGAGAAGAGGAGUGUCUCUCUGUCCAUCCCUGGGCUUCCCCAUCUUGAGCCGGGAGAGUCUUACUCCUGCUACUUCCAGGAGAACUCCAGCCCCGCCACUAUCAGUGACGCGGGCGUCACCUGCUCCUCGCCCGAUACCAGCAAGGUGCCCGCUGUGCCCCGAGGACAAGACUUUGUCACAGUCAGCCUGUCGCUGCGUUUUGGGGAUGUGGUGGUAACCUCCAGGGAGUUCACCUUCUACGACUGCAAAGCCGUCAAACAGCUGUCCGGGAGUAUGCCUUGCCGUGGCUGCGUGUUGAGCCGCUGGAGGUGUAACUGGUGUGUCCACCAGCACACAUGCACACACAAGCCCUCCUGUGAUGAAGGACUCAUCAUCUACAACGAACAUUUCACACUCCCAACCUCACCCCCUCCAACAAGCCAGCUGGUGAAGCUCACCACCACCGCCCUGACCACCCCAGCCAGCACCACCUCAGCCCCAACCACUCCGGCCCCCACUGAGCCCCCUACAACCACAGCCCCAACUACAACCGCUACUACUACUACUACUACUACCACCACCACCACCACCACUGAAGCCCCCACCACCACCACCGAAGCUACAACCACCCCCGAACCAACCACUACCAGACCUGAACCCACCACGGUGAUGCACACCACCCGCCCUGCCACGCCGGAGCCCACGGUGGCCCCCACCACCACUGAGCCUUUGCUGUCCCCGGCAGACCCGACCUCCACCCUGCUCCCCGACGGCCCGACAGCCCCUGUGCUGGAGGAGACAACCUCCGAGGAGCUCACUUUGGCGCUGGAGACGGAGACGGAAGCUGAGGCAUUGAGUGAAACACACAUCGCUGUGGUGACAGUGGCCGACCUGCAGGUCGUCGUCGUGGAAACGGAAGCGCCACCAGUCACCGAGAGGCAGCAGGUGAUCCUGCAGGAGGAAGAGGAGGAUGAGGAGGUGCGCUUCAGGAUGCCAGAUGCCCCCCCACCUCUGGAGGAGCCAGGGAUGGAGGCUCCCGCUUUCCCGAGCAGCGAGGCUCCAGCCAUGGAGGAAUCCGCCACUGAUUCCCCCAUACAGACCUCCCAGGAGAGCCCCAUCCCCCCUGAAGAAGACCUGGAGCCCACAUUCAUCCAGCCCGAAACAGGCACCGAUGCACCAGAGGAAGACACCGCAGCCGACCCGGAAGUACUCCAGUGGCCUAGGAUGGAAGUGGUUGACAAAGGGGAAGGGACAGUGGGCAGGGCUGAGAACGACACCGCCACCUUCUCGGCCGCCACCAUGCUCUCCGGCGACGGUGAGGCGGAGCACGGUGCGCCCGCGUACCUGCGGCUCCUGGACGCCGACUCGGAGCUGGACUACCAGUACGACAUGGCCGAGGCUUACCUGCCGGGCGAUGAGGGCUCUGUGUUUAGCUUGGGGGCGUCGGCGUGUCCAUGUGUGGAGAAGGUUCAGGGCUCCUCCCUCCUGCCCGUGCAGGUGGAGAGGAAGAUCACACUGCAGGCCCGCAACCUGCACCUCUACCAGGACCGUGACCUGGAGUAUGAGUGUGUACUAGUGAUUGAGGGCCGUACGGUAGUGGUGGAUGCCUAUGUGGAGAAUGAUGAUUCAGACCCUGAGGUGUUUGACAUCACCUGCCAGCUUCACAAGUACUCGUACUCAGCUCCUGUGGAGGAGUACAACGCCAUGGUGUAUGUGAAGAGGAGGAACACCUUUCACGUGGACAGUGCACAAGACCUCUACGUGACGCUGUAUAACUGCUCGGUGGGCCGCUCUGACUGCAGCCGCUGCCACACGGCGGAGCAGAAGUACAGCUGCGUGUGGUGUGGUGGGGGCCACGCCAAGUGUGUCUACGGUGGCUCCUGCCACCAGGCCGUGGAGGAGACCUGCCCCGCACCUGUCAUCCAUUUUAUUGAACCGCUUACAGGGUUGAUUGAGGGGGGUACCGUCCUCAUCAUCACAGGCUCCAACCUGGGGCAGAAGGCCCAGGACAUCCAGCACUCGGUCACUGUGGCCGGGGUGCCCUGUGAAGUCAUCCCCGACCUCUACGAGAUCUCCUCCAGGAUCGUGUGUAAGACCAAAGCCAGUGGGGUGGAGAAGUCUGGCCACGUGCAGGUGGAAGUGAGCGGGGGCUUUUAUGGCCUCUCCAGCCAGCGGUUCAGCUACCAGGACCCUCUGUUGACAGCGGUGACUCCCCAGCGGGGUCCCGUAGCAGGGGGAACGUCUCUGACGCUGUCAGGUCGGACCCUGCUGACGGGCCGUGCCAGCGAGAUCAGCGUGCUGGUGGGCAGCGUGCCCUGCACCAUUGUGGGCGGUGUGCAUGAGGGUUCUAUAGAGUGUGUGACCAACAGCAGUGGUAGCUCCGGGGAGCACAGGGUGACGGUGCGAUACGGCAGCAGUGAGCGCCACCUCCACGGCACCAUGUAUCAUUACACGCCCAACCCCAACAUCACACAGGCCUCCCCCUCGAAGAGCUUCCUCAGUGGUGGUCGAUUGAUCUAUGUGAGUGGCCAUAACCUGGAUGUGGUUCAGGAGCCUCGUAUCCUGGUCACGGUCUACCCAGCAGAGUCCAGCCCACACAGGAGGAAGAGGAAGAGGAGGAGGAGGAGCAGCAGCAGCCGCGCCGCAGCUCUCCUCAGCCCAGACCAGGAGGACAGCCUGCUGGGAAGGCACAGACGGAUCAUUCCGGAACCUGAGUGCCCCAAAGGUGUGCUCUGCUCCGCAAAACAGUACGGGGAGCGCUGUGAACCCAACACCACGUCGCUGCUCCUGUGCCGGACCCCAGCGGUGGACACCUAUGCCCGGGGCGGACACGUGCAGGUGGAGUUCCUGCUGGACAACCUGCGCUUCGACUUCCAGGCUGUGAUGCAGACGCCCUUCGUCUACGAGCUGAACCCCACACUGCGACCACUCAACCAGCACGACCCCAGCAAGCCCUUCCGCUACAAGCCUGGCAGCGUCAUCUCUGUGGAGGGGGAGAAUUUGGACCUGGCCAUCUUUAAGGAGGAGGUGGUGGCGAUGAUAGGGGAAGGGGGGUGUGCUGUGAAGACCCUCACCCAGAACCACCUGUACUGUGAGCCGCCCCCACAGCAGCCCUCACCAGGCCUGGGCAAGAGGCGAGAGGGGGCCGACCCCCUUCCAGAGUUCACAGUGCAGAUGGGCAACCUGAACUUCUCUCUAGGCCGAGUUCAGUACGACACCCUCAGCCAGUCCACCUUCCCUCUGGAGGCCAAGAUCGGAGUGGGGGUGGGAGCCUCCAUCGUGGCUCUCAUCGUCUUCAUCAUCGUGCUCAUAUACAGGAGGAAGAGUAAACAGGCUCUGAGGGAUUAUAAGAAGGUUCAGAUCCAGCUGGAGAACCUGGAGACCAGCGUACGUGACCGCUGCAAGAAAGAGUUCACGGACCUGAUGACGGAGAUGAUGGACAUGUCCAGUGAUCUCGUGGGAUCCGGCAUUCCCUUCCUGGACUACCGGCGGUAUGCGGAGCGGAUCUUUUUCCCAGGUCACCGAGAGUCUCCCCUCCGCAGGGACCUGGAUGUGCAGGAGUGUCGCCGAGCAACAGUGGAGCAGGGCCUGGUGCAGCUCUCCAACCUGCUCAACAGCAAGCUCUUCCUCACCAAGUUCAUCCACACGCUGGAGAGCCAGAGGACGUUCUCGCCCCGUGACCGAGCGUACGUGGCCUCUCUGCUCACCGUGGCCCUGCACGGCAAGCUGGAGUACUUCACCGACAUCCUCAAAACCCUGCUCAAUGACCUAGUGGAGCAGUAUGUGGCCAAAAACCCCAAACUUAUGCUGAGGAGGACGGAGACGGUGGUGGAGAAACUGCUGACGAACUGGAUGUCCAUCUGCCUCUACGCUUUCCUCAGGGACUCUGCUGGCGAGUCUCUCUACAUGCUCUUCAGAGCCAUCAAGCACCAGGUGGACAAGGGGCCGGUGGAUGCUGUGACGGGCAAAGCCAAAUACACCCUCAAUGACAACCGGCUACUACGCGAGGACCUGGAAUAUCGCACCCUGACCUUGAAUGUAUUAAUGCAGGGUGCAGGGACCAAUGAAGCCCAGCCUGUCACUGCCAAAGUGUUAGACUGUGACACCAUCUCCCAAGUGAAAGAGAAGAUCCUGGAGGCGGUCUACAAGAACACCUCCUUCUCACAACGCCCCCACUCCGACACCCUAGACCUGGAAUGGCGGUCAGGUGUAGCCGGUCACUUGAUCCUCUCAGAUGAAGACCUGACAUCUGUGGUGCAGGGGAACUGGAAACGUCUCAACACAGUACAACAUUACAAGGUUCCAGAUGGAGCAACUGUGGCCUUGGUCCCACGGCACAGUAAACACAUUCACCAUGACCACCACGACUACGUGGCGGGAGAGAAGACCCCAAUGCUGGAGGAUUCGGACGAGGGCGGGGUGCGGCUGUGGCACCUGGUGAAGGCCAGCGAGGAGCCAGAGCUCCCCAAACACCGGCGGGGCAGCCUGAGGGAGAGGGAGAGGGCCAAGGCCAUCCCCGAGAUAUACCUCACACGCCUACUCUCCAUGAAGGGAACACUCCAGAAGUUUGUGGAUGAUUUGUUCCAAGUGAUCCUCAGUACGAGCCGCCCGGUCCCUCUGGCCGUCAAGUACUUCUUCGACCUUCUGGAUGACCAGGCAGCUCACCACGGGAUCGUUGACCCCGAAACCAUCCACAUCUGGAAAACCAACAGUCUGCCACUGCGGUUCUGGAUCAACAUCGUGAAGAACCCUCAGUUCAUCUUUGACGUUCAGGCGUCCGACCACGUGGACGCCGUGCUGUCCGUCAUCUCCCAGACCUUCAUGGACUCCUGCACCAUUGCCGAGCACAAACUGGGCAGGGACUCGCCCAUCAACAAACUGUUGUAUGCCAGAGAUAUCCCGCGGUACAAGCAGAUGGUGGAAAAAUACUAUGCUGAUAUUAGACAAACCAUCUCCGCCAGCGACCAGGAGAUGAACUCCGCCUUGGCUGAGCUCUCUAGGAAUUACUCAGGGGAGUUGAAUUACCUGGUGGCCCUCCAUGAACUUUAUAAGUAUAUCAACAAAUACUACGAUCAGAUCAUUGGAGCUUUGGAGGAGGACACCACGGCUCAGAAGAUGCAGCUGGGCUACAGGCUCCAGCAGAUAGCCGCCGCCGUCGAAAACAAAGUGACGGACUUGUGACCUGGGAAUACGAGUGUGGGCACGGGAGAGAGAAGGGAGAAAAUGAAAGCGUGGCGGAAAACAGACAAGUAGAACACAGGACACAGGACAGGGGGGGGGGGGGGGGGCUCCUCCAAGUCACUCACUGAUUGAAAAACAUUGAGGAGGCAAGUGGGCGGGAGGGGAGUGUGAGUAAGUCGUUUGAACACACUGCCUUGUAGGUGCCCCCAUUCUUUUGAUGUCGAGGGAGAGGGAGGCAUUGUGUUUGCCUCACUGAAGUUAUCACAUUCCAUGUUGUGAGUUGCAGAGUUGGCUUGAGCCGACACAUACCGAGUUAGUCGGAGGACCCAAAAAAACAGCUGCUCCUGACAAAUAUCACAAAAAUGCCGUUUGGGGAAAAGACACAAGUGGGGCGCUUCAAAGCAAUGGGCAAAAUGCAGAAGCAUUUGACCUUGACUGGUGAAGCUGGUACUAGUUGUGAACAGAGGAGACUGAUCACGCAGCGGAUUAGAGGCACCUGGUGUGGCUACAGCGAGCUAUACACAGGAGAAGCAUCGGUUCUGCUGGGGGACGGCUGCACACCUACACCUCCUCUCCACCAGCCACAGCACAGGACCCCACACCACCUGCACUCACACCGUUUCCCUUCAGUGUGUGCAUGUGUGUGUGACACAAGAAAGCCUAUGAUUAUGCCCUCAACAACUUCUGGAGAGGACAUGGCGUUCCAGAUCCUCUUUGACAGUCUUUUUUUGAAGCAACUUCAUUGGAUGGACUGAGCCGAGCGCAGACAUGUCCAAAUGCGGUGGCUGUGGACCACAGUGCUGUUGAGACAGGCAGAGUUUGUCCCUUGUGGCGAGGAGUGAUGGUCUGGCCAAGCAAACAGUAAAAACAAAGUUGUAUGUUACAUCAUUCUGGUGUCAAGCAACAUGCUUUUCCUGUCUUUCUCUACCUCUCCCUUUCUGUUUGUAAGUGUGUGAGUGCGUGUGUGUGUGUGUGUGUGUGUGUGUGUGUGUGUGUGUGUUUGCUUUUAGCUCCCUUCUCACCCAAGAUGUAUAAAUCUGAAAUGAGGAACCUGCAUUUGGGCAUUAGUUGUAUGCUUCCUCUUCCUUUUCUGAAUAUCACUGGCAAACAAAAAAAACUACCAUAAAUUAUGAUCCUUCGAUGUUUUAAUUAUUUAUUUAUGUUUUAAUGGCAAACCCUCUCCCUUCAUUACCCACCAUAUCUAUCAACAUGCACAUAUCCGUCCACAGUACAGCUGAGCAGAGGGGUUGUUCGGGAAUGCUUUUUAUCAUUAUCAAGAGGGCCUGGUUAUACACAUAAUUCAUGUUUUUUUUCAUGUGGUACCAUCAGAGGUGAAAGCAUUUCACUAACACUUUGAGCUCUUCCAUAGGCCCGUAAUGCUACUGUAUGUAACACAAUAGAAGGGGCUGAGAAACAAAUUUCCGUAAAACCGUCAUCAGUGUCAAAACCAGUGGUGCAUUUGAUAGAUGGUUCGAUGCUUCACUGUGGAGUGUGAAGUGUUUCAUUUCUGUUUUUUUUUUUUUUUUUAAAUGGUAUUUUCUUCUUUAGCUUCGCUGAUAUUGUUGUUAAGAGUCACUGUAAGGAUGGUUACUAUAAGCGAUGAACACGAUAUCUUUUUGGACCGAUGGACUGUCCGAGAUCAUUGGCAUAUGGUGUGGUUUUGAAAUAUGUAUUUUAACAUUCCUCUAUGUGGUUCCAGAAUAAGACCAUUCAAGUGAUCAAGUGUGACAAAUUUUUUUUUAGUUAUUUGUGUUGUACGGUACUUACCUUAUGAAGACAUACUGUCUUGUUAUUAUGGACGCGAAUGUUGCUGGAAAAAAGGUGAUGCUGGUUUCGUGUUAAAUGUAGUUCUCUUUUGGAACACACGAGGGCAGCAAAGAUAGUAGUAAUCAAUGACUGUCAGAAUGACUCGAAAGUGGAGGUGGAACACACUGCUGUACUUACGCACCUGUAGUGACAUCAUGUCAAAUUUAAAUAAAAAAUAACUGUUCGCCAUGAGCCCAUUCAAUAGUCGUUUUACACAAUCUGAUGUCUGAAAUACUAUUAAUGUGUAUGAUUACACUCUAUAUGCCACACGUGUGAAGUCUUUGAAAAUAAAAGUGCUGCUUGAGUGGGACAAGUGGGUAGGCUACGUGGAAAAUAAAAGGUCAUUAUGGUUAACAACUGCACAAAAACUCUUGAGUAGCUUCUCUGUUAGCUCAGAUUCGUUGAGUAUGGCUAUGUUAUUGAAAAGCUGUCCAACUAAAGCUUACAGACUGACCAAUUGGUUAGAUGAGGAAUUAACGUAAUGCUCAUUAGGUUGUAUAAAUUCAGUGUAGAGCAGGCUCGUUUUCACAGCAUUUCCUUUGUUAAUAUCCUUGUAAAUACUGUUUUAACAGAUCCUCAAUGUAGCCCAUUUACUUGUUUAAUAAAAUGCUAUGUCAUGGACAAACAUGC